CACGCCUCCACCGCCCUUGAGCCCUUUGAGCAUAAUCAGCCGGGGCUGGCCGUCUCUAGCCUCGAACCCGAAACCCGGUCGCAAAGUCGACAAAGAGGACGAGCAGGAAAAAAAAGAUUUCGACUUGCUUCCUUGAGACAGCCGCAUAUCUGGGCGCAUCAAAUUACGUGAGAGACACCUGACGCCAGUGAGAAGCAGUCGGACAGAGGAUCACCUUGUUGUUCGAGCGCAGACACAUCCAGCCUCUCUCUCCCCGCCUCUAUCUAAACCCUGGCCAUCAUCCAUCCAUCCAACAUCACCACCACCUACCUCCCUCCAACAAGACACCACCACACAGCAUGUCGCCCUCAGCAGCCGCCGCCAUUGUGGCCGACACCAACCCCGUCGCGACGCCUCCUCGUCCCCCGAGCCCCGUCAACAAGUUCGGCACCCUCGCUGUGCACGCGGGCUCACCACACGACCCCUCUACCGGCGCGGUCAUCGAGCCCAUCUCCCUGUCGACCACCUUUGCGCAGACCGCCGUGGGCAAGCCCGUGGGCGCCUUUGAGUACUCGCGCUCCUCCAACCCCAACCGCGAGAACUUUGAGACGGCCGUCGCCGCGCUCGAGCACGCCCGCUACGCCCUCGCCUUCUCCUCCGGCAGCGCCACCACGGCCACCAUCCUCCAGAGCCUCGCCGCCGGCUCCCACGUCAUCUCCGUCUCCGACGUCUACGGCGGCACCCACCGCUACUUCACACAGGUCGCCAAGGCCCACGGCGUCCGCGUCACCUUCACCCCCGAGAUCGAGGUCGACGUCAGCGAGCACAUCACCCCGGACACCCGCCUCAUCUGGAUCGAGACCCCCAGCAACCCGACCCUGCGCCUCGUCGACAUUCGCGCCGUCGUCGACGUCGCCCACCGCCACGGCGUCCUCGUCGUCGUCGACAACACCUUCCUCUCCCCCUACGUCCAGAACCCCCUCGACCUCGGCGCCGACAUUGUCGUCCACUCGGUCACAAAGUACAUCAACGGCCACUCGGACGUCGUCAUGGGCGUCGCCGCCUUCAACGCCGACGCCCUCAAGGACCGCCUCGGCUUCCUCCAGAACGCCAUUGGCGCCGUCCCCUCCGCCUUUGACAGCUGGCUCGCCCACCGCGGCCUCAAGACCCUCCACCUCCGCGCCCGCGAGGCCUCCACCAACGCCAUGGCCGUCGCCACCGCCCUCGAGGCCGACCCCAACGUCAUCUCCGUCAACUACCCGGGCCUCGAUUCCCACCCCCACCGCGCCAUCGCCCUCAAGCAGCACAGGAACGGCAUGGGCGGCGGCAUGCUCUCCUUCCGCAUCAAGGGCGGCCACGCUGCUGCUGAGCGCUUCUGCCAGGAGACACGCAUUUUCACCCUCGCUGAGUCCCUCGGCGGUGUUGAGUCGCUCGUCGAGCUGCCUAGCAGCAUGACCCACGCUGGUAUCCCGCGUGAUCAGAGGGAGGCCGUCGGUGUCUUUGACGAUUUGGUCCGCGUGAGCUGCGGCGUCGAGGACGCGGAGGAUCUGAGGAAUGACGUGCUACGAGCCGUCGAGAGGGCCGUGGGGGGCCAGAAGAACGGGAACGGCAGCGCGCAAUAAGAGUGCACUGGAGUGAGUGUGGGGGAGGAAGAUCCUCGCGCACAUGAAGAAUAGAUAGAUAGAUAUCCCCGUUUCUGUCGGGGGAGGGAUCCCACAGAAGGGACAUCCUAUCAAUGAAUCAAGUCGCCCAAA